ACUUCUAAGGAAUUCUGCAGAGCGUCGUUGGUUGGUGGAGCCACUGGGACUGACUGGUGCUUGUAACGGAAAGAAAAACGCUUUAACUUUUCAUAUUUUAACUUUAACAUUUGUACUGGAACAAGAGUGUAGAAUACAUACAAUCUGGGGACUUUAGAGAAGUAGUCUGCUUUUGCCAAAAUGAUUUCUUUAUUUGUCUUUGUAGUUUUGACUUGUGUUCAUCUUGCUCCAGCUGUCGUUUAUAACGGCUCUUCAAAUCCUGGCCCAAGGACCUUUGCCAUCUCCCGAAAUGAUGAUACUGAGCUAUUGAACAUUGACGACAUUCUUUCAGUUUUUUCAGACUCUGACACUGGUGGUAAUAAGUCUAAUACCAGUCGCAAAGGACAAUCCAUCUCUGAAGACACCCUGCUCUUCCUCACCGGGCCCAUGUCCACUCUGCUCAUGCCCUCCUGGUACUCACUGGUGUGUCUUAUUAGUGUGCCUGUAAACCUCUGUGCAAUGCUGGCCUUUGCCAGAAGAAUCCGUCCCAAGAAACCAGCGGCCAUCUACAUGCUAAACCUGGCCUGUGCUGACUUACUUUUCACACUUAUGCUCCCAUUCAAGAUCUGUUACCAUUUUUUAGGGAACAACUGGAUAUUUGGGCCCGCCAUGUGCCGUGUGGUGACUGCAGCAUUUUACUGGAACAUGUAUUGCUCUGUUCUGCUUAUAUGUUGCAUAAGUGUCGACCGACUUUUGGCUGUGGUCUAUCCCAUUGACUCUCUUGCAUGGAGAAGACCUCAGAAUGCUGUGAUAGCUUGUGUGACAAUGUGGAUUCUGUCCUUUAUUGGCUGCACACCCCUCCUGCUCUCCAAUCAGACCAUACACCUGGACAGUUUAAACAUCACCACCUGUCAUGACAUUCAGCCACUGGAGGAGCUCAAGUGGAACUACAAAAUCUAUUUCCUCACCAUCUGUUGUGCACUCUUCUUCCUCCCACUGCUCAUUUCAGUCGUGUCUUACGCCCGAGUCAUCUGGACUCUGAGCAGGGUCUCUCAGGGAAUAAGAGGAAGCUCCCGCAAAAAGACUAGGGCGGUGGUGAUGGCAGCCACUGUGCUGGUCAUCUUUGUGCUGUGCUUCAUGCCAACUAACUGUAUCAUGCUAGUACACUAUCUUCUGUUUGACGACAAUGCUCAAAGCAGCCACCAGGGUGCAGACAGUUCAUAUGCUCUGUACCUGGUCUUUCUCUGUUUGGGCAGUCUUAACUGCUGUCUAGAUCCUCUAGUCUACUACUUUGGCUCAUCCCAAUGCCAAAAGCAACUAUCCAGUGUGCUGAGAUGUGGGAGGGGGUCUGCUGACUGCAGCACCAGUCAUUCAUCCAGUGACUCAUACAAGUCCAGCCGUAAGGCCAUACUGAAAAGCAGCCGGACAGAAACCUCCAAGAUUAAUCACUCUUCAGAAAAUGAGUCCAGCCAGUACAAGAAACUGUUGGUGUGACAUUUUUGACUGUGAUGGAGAAGUAAGUCUAGUUGGGUAUUAGAGAAGUUAAACACAAUUAUAAACUAACUGCAUGGCUUGGCACAGGCAGGUUCUUGUAAAUUCAAACAUAGCCUAACUUAUUUUGUAAGCAAAAAGGCAUGUGUGCAAAGAGAAAGGCCUAGAUGGUCUCUUUUUUAACAGUGACAAAUGUAUUUUUAAUAUACUUGUACGUUUCUCUGUAAAUAGAUUUUUGUUAAUUUUAUAUCUCACUGAAGGAUGUAUUUGUGUAACUAUUAUUGUAAAAUCACAUUAUGUUUUCCAUUGUAUAUGUGUUUAUGUAAAAGAAAUUUCAAAUAGCAUACACUGGUGCCCCCGCUGGUAAAAUGUAUAAUAGCCUACUUAAUAAAUAUGGUUAUGUUGUUUAUAUAGCCUAAUAUCAACACGCGUCACAACACAUGUAUCAUAGUAGGCCUGUGGUUUAGUUUUGUAACGAAGAAGGCUUAUAAGAUGUUGUAACAAAUAAUAGGCCUAAUGAAAAAUGGGCUUCGGCCUAUGCCAUUAACUCGUUUCCAUGUUUUCACAUGACAGUUUUGUAACGCACCUUGUAUCACAAUAAGCUAAUCAUUCAAGGGAUCAUUCAGUGGAUCUUACAUAAUCAA